AUGUAUCCCGAGUUUAUACCCCUAUUAUAUACCCAUAUCAAUUAUGCCUUUGCGCUUGUUGACCCAAUCACGUUUCACGUUGUCCCUGCAACUUUAAAAGACGUUGAUCUUAUGAGGCGAGUUACCGCUCUUAAGAGACGAGAUCCUUUCCUCAAAGUCAACAUUGCAAUUGGGGGAUGGGCGUUUAAUGACCCUGGCUCAACGGCGACUACAUUUUCAGACCUUGCAGGGUCUGAAGCUAACCAGAGGAUAUUCUUUAAAUCGCUUAUAUCAUUUAUGGCGACAUAUGAUUUUGAUGGAGUAGAUAUUGACUGGGAGUAUCCUGUUGAUAAGGAUAGGGGCGGCCGACCACAAGACUUUAAAAAAUUCCCAGACUUUAUGGCGAAUCUAAAAAAUGCACUAAAGUCAACCGGCGGAAGGGGGGAAGUUAGCGUUACUCUUCCGGCGUCAUAUUGGUACCUGCAGCAUUUCGAUUUAAAAAACCUGUCGCCACAUGUUGACUAUUUCAAUAUCAUGUCCUAUGACUUGCAUGGAACGUGGGAUAAAGGGAAUAAAUGGACUGGGAAUAUUCUCAAUGCCCAUACAAAUUUAACGGAAAUCGAACUUGCACUGGAUUUGAUAUGGCGCAAUGACAUCGAGCCCAAUAAAGUUGUAAUGGGCUUAGGCUUCUACGCGAGAGCUUUUACGGUCCAGGAUAAAAAUUGCUUCAAACAGACUGGGGUUUUAUUGAACAACGAGAUUGACGACAUUAUCAAAACAAAAAAUCUCGAGCCGAAGUUAGACAAAGAUGCUGCAGUUAAGAUUUUGACAUGGGAUGAUCAAUGGCUUACCUUUGACGACGAGGAAACCCUGUCACUUAAGACCUCUCACGCACGACUCCGUUGCCUAGGAGGCGUGAUGGUUUGGGCUAUUAGCCACGAUACCACCGAUAAUAAGUACGCUAAAGCUCUUGCAAAGGCUGCUAAACGGUCGUUUGAUGUUUUCUUUCCCAUCAAGGAUGCAAAUGAUGAAGUCUAUAUCGAUGUUCGUGAUCCAGUCAAGCAGUGUAAAUGGACCGGCUGCGGUCAAACAUGUCCCAAUGGAUAUCACGUUGUUGACCGAGUGGAUAAAGAGGCUAAAAAGGGUGAGAUAAUGCUCGACCAGACUGGCUGUCCUAAGGGCUCUAUUAAUACCUGGUGUUGUCCGGACGACUCGGGUUUGGUGGAGUGUGGAUGGUAUCAACAUAACAACGGCAAAUGUUCAUCUGAAUGUCCAAUUGACCAUAUCGAAGUGGGGUCGAACUCGAUGUACUGCAACAACAACAAAUACCAGGCGGCGUGUUGCAAAGUUGAGAAGCGUAGCAUGGGAGCCUACCGGAAUGUCGAGUGGUCCAGGUACCCUGAUUGCGAUUCUGGACAUUGCCCAUUUGUUAACCAGUAUAAUAAUCAGGUAUUGGUUCGAUCUGAAACUGGAAGUGGCGGUGCUACGUGCAAGCCAAAAUAUUCGGGCAAUCGCCUCAACCCGAUCAGCGGUUGGGAGUCAAGGGCUCUAUGUUAUGGCACCAAACGUACCAACGACACCCUUGAGGACUGCUUUGGAAACGACUUUUCAGGCGGUAUCGGUAAUCCGCAUUAUGACUCUGCUCUAUGCCUUUUAGGAUGCCCAGAGGACAAAAUCAGACUCGCAAUGGAUACCCAUUCUAAUGAGUGCGCCUUUACCGGCGGUGCAAACUCCUUCUGCUGCAGGCCCUCAGUCUAUACAGAGCGUACACAAACUAACCCCCGUAUCACCGAUUUUCGCGAGGCUCUUAACAGAUACCUAGAUAAACAGCAGUGCCCUGCAGAGCGCCCGUUCGACUUAUCUUUUCUUCCUAUAUCAGGAGUAUCGCAUGGUUCUAUAGCCAAGAGGGACGAGAGUUUGCCCAAGGAUUUGGAAAUAUUGAUUACAACUCUUGGGGAUCUAUUCCAAGCUUUGACUUAUACCGCCUUGCAAAGGAAGCAGGUCGAAGAUUGGGAUACAGGAGUUAGGAGUACGUACCCCAAUCUAGUCAUGAAGUCCCUCAAGACCUUUAUUGUCGGCACAGCCAUAUGGAAAGCCAAAGGUGCGGUACAUGCAGUAUACAACCUCUUAUGUGACCUCAAAGGAUUCAAUAAAGAGCUUGAUGAUAAGGACAAAGAAUGCAAGUGCCAUGGUACCAUCUGCCAAUAUGUGGCUGAGGUUUGUUCCCCCGAGGAUGACAAAAAUCACCCCCCUACGGGGCGCACACAAGGUAGUGCUCUGACUAUGGAGAGAGGUGUGAGCGUGGUGGAACAUCGCGCAUCCAGCCAACUACACAAGCGCGGCGAAUUACGAGAGUACACAGCCUACUGCAAGGAUGGGGAUACCCACUCACUUCAGAUCUCGCAGGCGCCUUACACAUCUGCUGGAGGAUGGGAUGCAAAUCAUGAUAUUUGGAAUCGAGCCAUAGAUGUGGCGGACCGCGGAGACUGUGGUAACCCUGAGGUCCUCGAAUAUGUUGAAACCCCAGAGACGGCCUACCAAUAUCAUACGGAACACCUUCUUGAGAUACAGACCAUUACGAUCUUCUUCGAGUAUGCGAGUCAAGGCAAAUAUCUAUAUGGAACAGGAACGUACGACCGAAUACCAUGUGAAUUUUUCCAACAGCUUGGCACAUUCCUCAUCGAUGAGCGUACACCACCGUCAUUCCCUGGUGGUUAUCAGUCACCAUCCCCAAAUGACAGAAUAAUGGACGCUCUAGGCUCUACAGCUAAUAAUCAGGAUUUCUGGCUCCUUCAAGCAGGCAUUAAUGGAAUGAAAGCAAUUCUAUGGUCAAACAAGAACCCAGCUUCCGAGACUAGAAUGCAGGCGCUUUAUGAUUUGGACGACCCCCACCCCGCAAUUGUUGUUAUUCAAACCACGAUCGCAGUGUUCAAAUAUUUAAGCCACCCGGCUGUCCUGAGGUCCCUUAAUAGGAUCGAGAAUAACCUUAGAUUGGUGUUUGAGGACAUUGUUCUUGCAUACAACGAGAAAUAUGGGGUUCAGGUAAGCCUGGUCGCAGCCUGGGACGACUUUAUUGAAAACCUUUUAGAUGGGAUGGAGAAAAAAGCAAAAGAUUUUGUUGAAAAUUGGAUUAAAAAAAUGCUAGACAAGUGGGAUUCUGCUGAUGCCCCAGACCAGUGUGCUAAGGCUGGAGCCGUUGCAGAUCUUCAAAAGCUUGCGACCUACAAGAGUCACAUCAUGGUUUCUACUGAAGGCUUUGGUGGCAGGCAGGAAGACUAG